CCCACGUGGGGCUCGAGGUCUCAGUCACCAUUUUACAGGUUUUAGUACUUGACAAAGGAAGAGGAGCAAAGCAAUAGAAUCAUGUUUCCGUCCUUAAGUUAUCUCCAUAGUCAUAUGGGUUUCUGUGGUACUAUCAAAAAUUCUCCAAGCGACUUUAUCGUCGUUGAGAUCGAUGCCCAGGGACAGUCAGUCGGUCAGUCCCGUAACGAUUUUAGUGAAAUUCCAGGCGAGCAGAGGAGCUCUGGAAAAUGUAAUCACAAAAAGCCAAGAUUGGAUCCUCAGAAACUCCGCUUGGAAGACGGAGGUAAUGAGGAAUUCACUUCUUCUCUGGAUCAACAGUCAGGUCCUGAAGAAAUUCUUAAAUUCGCGAGAGAAGAUGAGGACUGCAGCGCCUUAAGCGCGGGUGACGGCGAAUGGGAGAAAGAUGGCAUUUUAGAGUCCUUGCUAAAUACAGCUGCAAACGAAUCACUGAAUCAGUUUGCUUGUGAUAUUAAAGACACGUGGAACUCGGAAGCAGAGAGGACUGGUCCAUCCGAACUGUCGCUGGGUGCAAUUGUCGACAAAAAGCAGAGGGCCUGUUUGCAUAGCGCUAUAAGACAGAAAUUUCCUUUCUUAAUCACCGUUACAAAAAACCGGGAAAUUGUUGUAAAACCCAACAUCGAUUAUAAAGAGCUCCGUCGGCUGGUGUCUGAAGAGGAAGCAGAUAACUUCUUUAGAUACUUGGACGCCAAGCGGGAAAAUUCAAAAUUCACUUUUAAACCCGACCCGGACAAGGAGCACAGAAAGGCCGUUCACCAUUUCGUCAACCAGAGAUGCGGAAAGCUCGUGGAGACAAAAUCCUUUUCCGUGGCAGACAGUGUUGCUGGUAGUCAAAGCGUGGUGAUAACGGUGAGAUUUCGGGAAAAAACUUUCCGACUCAGGAAAAGGCGCCCUUCUGAGUCCCGGGACAAACAAGAUGAAUAUACAGCUUUCACCCUUCGAAAAGAAAACCUGGAAACGUUUGAAGCAAUCGGUUAUUUAUCUUCCGAACUCGGUGUGCUUCCCUCAGACUUCAGUUACUCCGGCAUUAAGGACAAGAAAGCCAUUACUUACCAAGCCAUGGUUGUAAAGAAAGUGGCUCCGGAGAGAUUGAAAGAAAUUGGAAGUGCAGUUGAAAAGAAAGGAAUCAGUGUCUCUAACAUCCAUCCCGUACAGCAGCCUCUUAGACUUGGGCAGCUCACGGGAAACCGCUUUGAAAUCACGGUGAGGGAUUUAAAAAGACAAACCAGGGACUCAGCUGCAAGCCCAAAGGAGAGGAUUCUAGAGGCAAUUGAAAACGUUAAGACCGGAGGAUUUAUCAACUACUACGGACCGCAGAGAUUUGGUCAGUGGCAGAGUGUUCAAACGGACCAAAUUGGUUUGGCUUUGCUGAAUAAUGAAAUGGUGAAAGCGGUAAAGUUAUUUUUCACCCCGGAAGAGCUUGACGAUCCUGUAAAUAGAGCCAAGAAGCAUUUCUUCCAGACAGAGGAUGCUAAAGGGACCCUCGCGUUGCUGCCCGAAUACAAAAUUCGAGAGAGAUCCCUGCUUCGGGCAUUAAACCGCUACGGUGUGACCCAGGAAGGAUGUGCCCGCGGAUGGUUAAGCAUCCCCCAUUCCAUGCGUAUAUUCUACGUCCACGCCUAUUGCAGUAAAAUAUGGAACGAAGCAGCUUCCUAUCGGUUGGAAACCUACGGUUCAAAGGUGAUAGAAGGUGACCUGGUCUUCUCUGAAGAAAGGGGUAGGGAGCAUCUUCCCCUGAGUGACAGAGUACGCGUAAUAAGUGCAGAAGAGGAAGCCGCCAACGCGUACGCCGUACAUCAAGUGGUUCUCCCGAUGGUCGGGCACAGCAUCCUCUACCCGAAGAACAAAGUCGGACAGUGGUACCGGGAAAGGCUCGGGAGAGAUGGGCUCCAGGAGUGCAAGUUUCGAGUCUCUGCCUUACAGCUGAACGUCCCAGGGUGCUACAGGCAGCUGGUGAAAUAUCCCCGUAACGUCUCCUACCGUCUGCCGGAAAACCGGGAUGUGGACGGAAAAAUGGAAGCCUCUUUUUGCAGUGAACAAUCAGCAUCUCUUCACAUUUCUUUCGAUCUCGACGCCUCUUGUUACGCCACCGUUUGUCUGAGGGAGAUCAUGAAAUGUGAUCUCUAAUAAACUCCAUUUUCAAGAGCUAAACUCUGACACCUUUUGAUGACUUCGGACCCUUCUUUAACCAUCAUCAUCAUCCAUCGUAU